AUGAAGUUGUUUGAACAUGACCAAACGAAGUUCCUGAAGAAUGAAUACUUUAUAGGAGGAAUCAAAACCUAUGUUUACAACACAGACGCACUUCCUGCCUACAUUGAAUCUCACCAUCUUUCCGAAACCAAUGUUGAUGAAAUGGCCAUCAAUGUGCUCUACUUGUUACAUCAAAGGGGCGGCGAUUUUAAAUACACCGAGGCUAUAGCCUACAAUAUUCUUGCGCAGUAUUACGCCAAGAAGCCCGAAAGCAACGAUGUGCCUUUAUUGUGUGUCACGUUUGAUUUGAGAAACCAUGGUGAACGAUUACUAGAUGAAGCCAAAAACUUGGAUUGGCGCAAGGGAAACCCAACUCAUGCCUUGGAUAUGAUCAGUGGUAUCAUGGGCAAUGUAGCCGACUUGAAGCUUAUAAUGGACUUCUUACCAAGUUACCUCAACUUGGAAGGGUUGUUGAGUCGCGAGUUUAGACAAAAGAACCAACAUUGGCACUUCAAAUAUAGAAACAUCUUGAGCGGUUAUUCGUUGGGUGCACACACUGUAUUUCGAUUUGUCAAUGAGCACCCCGAACAUAUAGUUGCGAUAAACCCAGUUGUCGGAUGCAUUGACUUGUCGAGCUUGUUAAUCAAUAGAUUGAAACAAAAUGCAAUUGAUAGCACCGACUACGAUAAGAAGUGGUUCUAUUACACAUACGAUGAAUUGGACUUGAACAGUGAAGAGAAGGAGCAGUAUCCUGAACAUUUACACAACUACCUCAAGGCGGAAGACGAGAGUAUUUUUGAAAAUUUCCCCAUGCAAGAUGUCAAGAUUUUCGCUUCGUUUGGUGCAGUUGACAAGUUGGUUCCCGCCAAGUUGAGUUCCGUUUGGUGCGAUACCUAUUUGAAUACUAAUGACCUGGCUGAAAUCUUCACCCAGGAAGAUACCGGCCAUGAUGUGACUCCAGAGAUGAUUGAUAACUUUACUACUUGGUUAGUAAAGAACAUUUAA